UACACUUCCUUAAGAAUGGAUUAUAGUUUCAAAGGAAUUUUACUUUUUUACUUUUGUGCAUCUUUUAGUACUGUGACGGUGAACACCUCGACCCUUACAGUGGCUGACCCUCUAUACGACCAACUAUUCACUAACUAUAAGGCCAAACUCUUGCCAAAGUGUUCUCAGGGUCACAAGGUUGAUGUGUUUCUGGGCACCGCCCUCAGACAGCUGAUGAAUGUGAAUGAAAAAGACCAGGUUUUGAAGAUCAACAUUUGGCUGAGACUGGAUGAAUGUAAUUGUUUCAAUAGAUAA